CUCUGUCUUCUUUUUUCUUUUCUUGGGGGAAGGGCUCUACAACACUCCUCGGUAGGGUUCAAAACGCUUCUCGAUAUGGCUGGUAUGUACUCUUCGAAGCCUCUUCCCCCAAAUGGAUGUGGUAAUUUUGAUUCACGCUGACACAAGCCUUGUUGAACCAAAAAAGACCCGACCUCCGCCUCGACCUCCCCCAAAAGAGGCCCCACGUUCUCGCUUCACGAUGGUGACACCGACUCUGAUGGCGAAUUGGGCGCGCUGAACUCGCGAGGCGACAGUAGCUCUGAGGGGUCAGAAGGGCAAACUCCCGGCGAUGCACCCGCGUCAGGUGCAGACCCUUUGUCAUCCCAUGGCCAGGACCACGAGGGAGCAAGCCUGCAAGACGGCAUGCUUCCCCGCGAUCUUCCCACAAGGACCGCCUUUUACGAUCCUGUUGCGGACCGCCAGAUGAGCCAGACCGACGCCAAACUUUUCUACCAGCGUAGCCAGGUUGGCCAGCUGAAGACGGGGAGUGGUGUGUGGUCUCAAGGCCAUGCCACACCCCAUGGCAGCCCCGUCAUUGUCGGCUCCGAGCAUCGUGAUGUUCCUGCCGGCACUCGUAAUCUCGAUCAUCCGAUGGACUCUUCUCCCCUGGGUAAAGGACAUGGUCAAGUCAGAGGGAAAGCUUCGGCACACGAAGACAUGAUGCUGCCGGAACCGACGCAGCAGCAAGCUGCCAGCGCAGAACACUUCUCACCUCCUCGGAACCACCCUUCACAAGAAGCCGACCCUAGGCUUUUGAAUAGCGAAUUCAACAAUCUGGGCCUGGGCCAUGAACCUGGCCCGAGUGUUGGCGUCACAAACCAGCAUGCUGCCCUCGGCGUGGCUGCCUUUUCAGACACCGAUCCGCACAUCACGGCCGAGCUCAGUGCUAUCUCGAAGAACAUUCAGAGCAUCAUGGACCUACGAGAGAGGUACAUCGGGCUUUCUCUCCAAGGACCUGAUGACAAUCCCAGGGAUGAUCCUACUUGGUCGAUCUAUCCACCCCCUCCCCAGCCAGCUUGGGGAGCCGAGCACGCAAGGGCUGUGGCUUCCGCCGAGCAAACCACCAGCAAUGCCAAUAGCCUGAAUGGCAGCAUGGUUUUGCCAUCAUCUGCCACAACAGCAGAUGAUCACACAAGCCGUCGGGUACAGGGUUCCGAGGCUAAGCCCACAUCGAAGAAGCGGAAGCCUGGUCAAGACAUUGGAGAAGACUUUGAUAUGCAGGAUGUGCUCCCAGUCCCCUCCGCCGACAAGAUGACUUUCAAGCUUGACGACAGUGGUGUCUACCAAGUAUUCGACGACGCAGAGGCUGAGGCUAGAGGAACCCCAGUCAUUCGGGUGCCUACCCUUCGAGAGUUCUACAUGGAUCUGGAUCAAAUUCUGAGCAUUUCCUCGGACGGUCCAAGCAAGAGUUUUGCAUUCCGUCGGCUCCAGUAUCUCGAAGGCAAAUUCAAUCUUUACGCCCUCCUCAACGAGUAUCAGGAGACUGCGGACAGCAAGAAAGUCCCCCACAGAGACUUUUACAACGUGCGCAAGGUCGACACCCAUGUUCACCACUCUGCUUGUAUGAACCAGAAACAUCUCCUGCGUUUCAUCAAGAGCAAGAUGAAGAAGUGCCCUGAUGAGGUUGUGCUUUUCCGCGACGAUAGGCACCUAACACUAGCAGAGGUGUUCCAGAGCAUCAACCUCACCGCAUAUGACCUUUCCAUUGACACCCUGGAUAUGCAUGCGCACACAGAUUCGUUCCACAGAUUUGACAAGUUCAAUCUCAAGUACAACCCAAUUGGCGAAUCCCGGCUCCGCACAAUCUUCCUCAAGACGGACAACUUCAUCAAUGGCCGCUACCUGGCAGAAAUUACCAAGGAGGUCAUUGCUGAUCUGGAAUCGAGCAAGUACCAAAUGGUCGAAUGGCGCAUUUCCAUUUACGGCAAGUCCCUGGACGAAUGGGACAAGCUGGCCGCCUGGGUUGUCGACAACAAGCUUUUCUCCCACAACGUUCGAUGGCUCAUUCAGAUCCCUCGUUUAUACGAUGUGUACAAGGCCAGCGGGCUCAUGGACAAUUUCGAGCAGGUGGUCAAGAAUGUCUUCGAACCCCUAUUCGAGGUCUCAAGGGAUCCCUCAAGCCAUCCGAAGCUGCAUGUCUUCCUGCAGAGAGUGAUUGGGUUUGAUAGUGUCGACGACGAGAGCAAAAUCGAGCGGCGCCUUUUCAAGAAGUUCCCAGUGCCCAAGGUUUGGGACUCGAAGCAAAACCCUCCUUACAGUUACUGGCUCUACUACCUGUUCUCCAACAUGUCAUCGCUUAACGCACUGCGUCAGCGUCGGGGAUUCAACACGUUUGUGCUGCGACCACACUGUGGUGAAGCUGGUGAUAGCGAGCAUCUGGCUGUGGCUCUGCUUUGUUGCCACAGCAUUAGCCACGGUCUGCUGCUACGCAAGGUUCCGCUCUUGCAGUACAUCUUCUACCUUGAACAGAUUGGCAUCGCCAUGUCGCCGCUGAGUAACAACGCCCUGUUCCUCGCCUACGAGAGGAACCCGUUUUACCAGUACUUCCGCCGAGGCCUCAACGUGUCACUAUCGACAGACGAUCCGCUUCAAUUCGCUUUCACAAAGGAGCCGCUGAUGGAGGAGUACGCUGUGGCCGCCCAGAUCUACAAGCUGAGCCCCGUCGACAUGUGUGAACUCGCAAAGAACUCAGUUACGCAGAGUGGCUUUGAAAGUGCGAUCAAGGAGCAGUGGCUUGGACCAAAGUUCAAACUUCCGGGCAAGGCAGGGAAUGCCAUGGUGAAAACCAAUGUGCCUGAUCGCAGGGAAGAAUUCAGAUACCAGACCCUCAGAGAGGAACACGACAUGCUUCACAAGUACAUCACCUACGGUUCCAAUGAAACCUCCGACUCAGCCGUCACAGCUGACCAGCAGAGUGUGGCUCAAAGUAUCAUCGGCGGACACCAACCUGCGGUGCAACGCGAGCCGGCCAGCGCGGGUAGCGGAGGCGGUAAGCAGACAGCUGCUGUGGGAGGAUCCAACAGUGCUGCUGUCUUUGAAAAGGAGGUAAUUGCUUCUCCUGCCAGUCUCGCACCUUCAGGAGAGGCAUCGUGGUCAACUGACGGCCACACCUCGGGACAGGACCCCAAAUUGUUUCCCGGGGUUUUCAGCCGGGGCAGAACAGGGAACAGCCAGUGAGGCAGCUGGUUGGGCUGGCAUGGUGAAAAGGAUGGGGAAAAGAAUCUGAAUCCAUCAUGGCGGAUUGCAGAUCGGAGACAAGGUUAAGGGAUAGCAUUGGCUAAUGCAUUAAGAUACCUGGAUAAAAGACAUUCCUAUUCAUGAAUCCAUUCAUGUGCGUUACUGGGCAGUUCGACACUUGUUCGAACACGGUGAGCCGGAAGGCUUCAUGCUGAAGAGUGUUUCGCGAUCUUUGGCCCGCAAUUAUUUGUACCUGUCCAUGAUAUUGCAUUACGUAGAAAUCGUAAGAAAAGGGCCUAGCUGCGCAUGAAUCAGGAC